AUGAUGGUUGGCGAUGGAAAACCUGGUCUUUCGGGCUACAAUUAUGGCGCUAUUUCGUCGCUGGUCUUGACGGCGGACAGGUCAGAUCUGCCUCUUCAAAACAAGGAGCCAGACGGAAAACCUGUUCUUUCCGGCUACAAUAAUGGCUCCAUUUCGUCGCUGCUCUUGACGGCGGACAGGUCAGCUCUGCCGCGUCAAGACAAGGAGCCUGGCCGAAAACCUGUUCUCAGCUCAGGCUACAAUUAUGGCACUAUUUCGUCACUGCUCUUGACAGCGGACAAGUCAGAUCUGCCGCUUCGAGACAAGGAGCCGGACGGAAAACCUGGUCUUUCGGGCUACAAUUAUGGCUCUAUUUCGUCGCUGCUCUCGACGGUGGACAGGUCAGCUUUUCCGCGUCGAGACGAAGAUCACAGCUCGUCCAUGAAGGUUACGGAUUACAACCCAGAAGGGUCUAUGGCUGAUCAAAACAUGGAGAAGAAGGGUGCUGAGAUUGAUGAAGAAGUGAAUGAGGAUGGGGAGGGCUUCGAGAUUGCCGAAAAAUCAGACGAAGAAGACUCCUGA